GAGCAUGCCAGAAGAGGCGGAAGAGAAAUCUCUCUCUGUCUAUCCCUCUGUUCCGUUCCCGGAUUCAUUCUUGCGAGUCCAUCACUAUUCCGCCUGCUGUGCUGCCUCUGGAUCUAAGUCUGCUGGAUUACCGCUCUAUUUCUCCGCUUAUUAUUCCUGACGCCUGCAUUUCCACGGCAGGCAAAGUUGGGCAUCCAGAGACUAUAUGUUGACUGCCUGUUCAUUUUCUCUUGCAUUUGUAUGCUGUUUGAGCUUCAAAAUGAUUUCACUCUUCACUGGAAGAAGUGUGAUUUUUACAUGACAGAGAUGGUUUACUUACAGGAUAGGUUAGUGGUUUUGCUAUAUUUUGAACUUCGUUGUCGCUGGUGAUUUGGUCGUGAGGGACAAGAUGAGUGGGGAGGGAGGUUAGAAAUGUAGGAAAUGUCGAUGUCUUUAAAUGUUUUAUUUUUAUCAAACAGAGAAAUUCUAACCUCACUCACCCGUCUUUAUUUUUUACUGAAGAUGUGACGUUACUGGUCUCUGUUUUUUAGUGUUGGUGUAUUUAUUUCUCGUCACACUGGAGGGUCCCCUUUGGAUGUGUGACUGCACUUGAACUCUCAGCUUCCCCAGCUCUUCCCUUUUCCAGGGGGCUCUUAACCUAGACCCUCUCUCUGUAACCUCGCGUAAAACCCCUCUCCCCUCUCUGGGGGCUCUCCCUGGACCUUCCGACCGUUUUCUGCUGCUUGAGGACACAUACAGCCCCACCAGAAGAGGGGCUGUUAGGUAGGAAGACACCCCCCUCCCAAAGGUGAGAGGGGGGGGAAGAUGGCAGCUCUCGCCAGCUCUCUCAUCAGACAGAAACGGGCGGUCAAGGACGACGGACAAAACCGACCGGUAGCCAACAAGAGGAAGCCCUGUCCCAAGAGCAACAAGUCUCUGUGCCAGAAACAGAUUCUAGUCCUUAUCUCUAAAGUACGGCUAUGUGGGGGUCGAAAAAGUCUCAAAGAAAAGAGACCAGAGCCCAAGUUGAAAGGCAUUGUGACCAGGCUGUACAGUCAGCACGGAUACUACUUGCAGAUGCAUCCGGAUGGCACCAUGGACGGCACAAGGGACGAAAGCAGCUCCUUCUCACAGUUCAACUUGAUUCCUGUGGGUCUGAGGAUCGUGGCGAUCCAGGGGGCGAAGACAGGGCUCUACCUGGGCAUGAACGGCGACGGGUACCUUUACACCUCUGAACACUUCACUCCAGAGUGUAAGUUCAAAGAGAGUGUGUUUGAGAACUACUACGUGACCUACUCCUCCAUGCUCUACCGCCAGAGCCAGUCGGGCCGCUCCUGGUAUAUCGGCAUCAACCGCGAUGGACAGGUCAUGAAGGGCAACCGGGUGAAGAAGACCAAAGGUGCUGCACACUUCCUGCCUAAAGUUAUAGAAGUUGCCAUGUAUAAGGAGCCAUCGCUACACGAGCUAGUCAAUGAACAGAAAGAGAAAGAGAAAGAGAAAGAGAAAGAGAAAGAGAAAGAGAAAGAGAAAGAGAAAGAGAAAGAAGGCCCUGCCCGGAAGACAGUGAAGACGUCAGAAGAACGUCAUGAAAGAACAUUCUCCAUCAAGAACUGCAGGAAAGAAAAAAAAGCCCCCAAGGCUGAUGCCUCGUAGCACAGGGGACCGAGUGUGGGGGAGGGGCAGCAGUGACACUGAGAACUCAAUAAGGAUUCAAUCGUCCAUCAUGCACUUGGGCUGGCUGGAGGAAUGGCCCUCAUGGGCCCCCUUCGCCAGAAGUGCACUGGGCUGCACCAUGAUGAAGGGUCAGGGGUCAACAGCCCAUCAGGUCUGGGUCUCGGAGGAAUUCCUCUCACCUGCCACCAGAGAGAGAGGGGGAUAGACUAGGGCCCAAGUCAGCACCACCACCCUUCCUCCCUGUCAAUCACCUUUACCCCUUCUCCUCUAGCGCACUCACUACCAAAGGCACAGCCUGUGUAAUCUCUCUGUCAUUCAUCUACUGCCCUCCCAUCACCAGUCCAAGUUUCCAGAAAUCACCUCCACUCGUGCACAAACUUUCAUUUCUAAUUGUUGUAUUUUGAUGUGCGAGUGUGUGAUUGUGUCUGUGUGUAUAUGGGAGAGAGAGGUGUGUAAAACGAAUCACUUCAUGUAAUCAUAAUCACUAUUCUCGAGUCAACUCUUCUAAUUAAUGGCAAUCACCAUGGUGACAGUGUGACUAUGCCUGGCCUCCACCAUCUGCCCACCUGCAAAUCACACACCGCACAGCUGGAGGCGGGCCAUCAAAAUGAUGUUUUAUUGGACAACAUCGGGGGGAUCUAUUUCUAUUUGAUAGCAGGGCUGUCUGUUGAAUUGCAGUCAGCAAUUCAAUUUCAAAAAAGCCAAAUCUUCUGUUGAAAGAGACAAGUCAAGCAAGCUUUUUUUUUUUUUUACA